AUGAGUGAGCAUGCGGUAACCUACUUGGAUGUGAAAUUUGAUCGGUCUAAAAGGAAGAAACCUGGAAAGAAAGCGAUACAGGAUGAUAUGACAACUUAUUCUGAGCUGAAGUUUCAGAACCUGCCUGAGCAGGAGAGAAGCACGAGAGCUCAGGAGACAGAGGGCAGAGGGACUGGAGACAGCCCAAGCCCUCGGAGGAGAAAUAAAGAUCCUUCAGCUACACCUCUUCGAUGGCAGCUUGCCACCCUUGUUCUUGGGAUUCUCUGCCUGAUUUUAUUGACAGCAACAGCAGUUUUGGGGUACAAUGUGUGUCAGCCGGGCACAGAGCAGGAAAGCCCUGUGAAGGAAGGGGAGCAGCGCACCUCUCAGCCAACAUCCUACCAAAAACCCAGCCUGCAGGGAACAUCAAUAAUGCAGCCCCAGGACACAGGGGAGAAGUGUGCAGCACUCUGGACAGCCAAGCAGGACAAGUCCUACCUGUUUGCUCCUCAAAGAGGAACUUGGGAGCAAUGUAAUUCAUCCUGCGCUUCUCAAUCUGCUGAGCUGCUCAAGAUAGAGAGUAAAAAAGAGUUGAGUUUCUUAACCACAAGGUCUUUUGAAUAUGCUGAAGAUCGUGGAAGCAGCCUAUACUACUACCCAUUCUGGAUUGGAUUGUUGUUUGACUCAAGAAAGGCAAAGUGGGUCUGGGCGGAUGAUUCAGCUCUUUCCUCUGGCCUGUUUGUGCUCUCAGUUCCCAGUCCUCAGAAUUAUCCAGGUGGAGCUUGUGCAUAUUUGCAAGGUGAUAAAGUGAAACCUGGAGGCUGUGGAGAAAAUCAAUUCUGCAUUUGUAAGAAGAAGAAGGAGGCACAAAUUAAAAAUAAAGUUGAUUAA